UAAAAACGUUGCUGUUUUACCUGUGCAGAGUUGGUUGCUGUGCAUCGCCGUCCUGACCAACCGCAUGAUGGGGACCCUCACCAGGGGAAGAAUGUGAAACGUUGUCCCGUGUGUGGCUAUACCACAACUACCAUCCAGCACAUGCAGUAUCACCAACGAAUUCACACAGGCGAGCGCCCAUUCAAGUGCAACUACUGCAACAAGGCCUUCAAGCAAAAAUGUCAUCUCAGCCGGCACCUCCUCAUCCACACCGGCGAGAGACCUUUCCAUUGCUAUCUCUGUCCCAAGGAUUUUCGAAGAAAAAACAACCUUUUACGCCACUUGGCAAAACACAGUUCAAAGCUGGUUGCUGUGUGGCCUCCCAGGCCGACCACAUUGUCGAGGCCCUCACGAGGAAAGAUACCCGAGGCACGGGGUUUUGCACUUGGCUUCACCAGAGCCUGCGACCGGUUCUCGGAGAGUACGCCCACAGGCAAGCGCCCACAUCAGUGCCACCACUGCAGCAAGGCCUUCAGGCAUAUGAGUCACCUGACCAGGCACAUUCGUAUCCACACCGGCGAGAGACCUUUCGAGUGCCACAUUUGUGCCAUGAGAUUUAAUCAGAAGAACAGCCUUACGCGCCACUUGGAAACCCACACUGGCAGGAACACUUAAUUCU